UCAGGACAUUAUGGUAGCGGCUUCAGCUCUGGGCUCUAUGCAGGUGGCGUCAGCUCUGGGCUGGGAAGUUCUUUCCUCGCACACAAAGCUGCCGCUCACGCUGCUCUGGGACACUAGUCGAAUAUUUACUGCAUUCAUAAAAAACUUUGGGUCGAUACCCAAGUAGUUCGAAUUCACCACGUUUCAACCUUCUCUUUCAUUGUAAAUAUCAUUUGUUGUUAUUUUUUUGUAAUAAAUGU